AUGCGGGCUCUGGUGGUGUUGCCUCUGUUGCUGUGUGCAGUGGCGCACAUGGAGCAGGUGAGGGCGGAGGUGAAGGCGGUGAAGCUGUGCGGUCGAGAGUUCCUGAGGGCCGUGGUUUACACCUGCGGAGGCUCCCGCUGGAGGAGGUUACUCAGUGAGACAGACGUGGACGGUGACGGUUUGCCUCCAGGGGAGCAGGGCAGCUUGGAGAGCCUGAGCAGCAGCAACCCGGGCUCCCAGUUGACCAGACGGGAUAUCAAUAACAUAUUGACCACGGUGUGCUGCCAGGUGGGCUGCAGGAAGAGCGACCUCACCUUCCUCUGCUGAGGCCAACCCCGCUCCUCUUCUCUCUCAUUCUCCAAGCAACCAAAAUGACUCUCCCAU